AUGUCAAAUUUGAAAAAAGUGGAAUCAAGCAACGUUUCAAUAAAAUCAACCACAUCAACAAUAGCCUCAACAACUAGUUCAAUAAAGAUGAAGUUGAAUGCCAUGAGGGAUAAAAGGCGUAGAGCUAAUGAGCAAAAGAGACAAAAUAAAAUGGAACAGACUAGUAUGAGGACAAUUACUGAGUACUUGGCAUUGAAGUGA